AAUCAAACAAAUUGCAAUUUGCAAACAAAACGUUGAAUUUUAAUUUAAAACAAAUUUUGUUACAUGAAACAUUGAACAAUGACAAAAACAUAAAUCCUAAUUAAUGUAGUAAAAGAAAACGUAUGCGUUAUGUUAAAACAGUGGAUGUAAAUGUUGCGAAGGUUAUUUGAUUAAAUCAAAAGCACUGCUCAUAAAACCAUGGAUCCCGGUGAAGGAUCCAGUAAAAAGGAUCCUGCUAGAAAGGACUCGGAGUCAUCACCUUCGAGCAAACCUAUAGUAUUGACAGGUAAAAUCAAAAAGUUUUCAAAGCUGACACCACCAUUUAAGCCCGUUGACAAGAAGAGAGUAUGUGCUUUCUCGAUACAGAAGAAGACUCCCAUCAGUCCCAUAGUUGCACCAAAGGCAAUACCUAGCAGUAAUGCAACACCAGUGAUUAUCGGUAAACUGUCUGGUGUGAAGGUGGCACCGAAACCCGAGCCAGACCCUGAACUGAAGAGACUAAAACCACCUAAACCUGGUAGUACAAGGAAAUCAUUUCAAGAUUCGUACAUAGAACUACAGAAGCGUACUCUCUCUGAGAUAGAAGACAUCAAACGAAAGAUGGAGUUGGUAGAGCUUGGUAUACCACUUGGCCUGAUUUGCCCUACGUCCACCAGCGAAACGGCCAUGCCAACUAAGGCUAUGCCACCUAUAAAAUCAUUCCUUGAUCCAACUAAAGUUGACGAAUUGAUCCGUGAAGCAAAAAAAGCUAAAGAGGAGGGAAGAAAAUACAAAUUCGACUAUCAAAAGUUGUUACCCGGUUACGAUAAUCCUUUCCAAAAGAAAAAAGAUGAAUUAGAAAGGAAUGAAAAAGAACGCAGAUCAGGUAGACGGAAAAGCGAAUCCGAAAGAGAUAGGGAAAGAGAGAAAGAUAGAAGGAGGUCAGACAAACAUAAAAGGAGUGAUCACAAAAAGGAUUCAAAACACAAAGAUAAGAGCAAAGAAAGAAAACAUGAGGAGCCUCAACGAGACAAUACUGAAGAAAAAGAAACAGACGUUAACCUCAACGAUUAUUUAGUCUGUGACAGUUGGUCAUUGGAAAACGAUGAUAAAAACAGCACAUCUAGUCCUAAAGUUCCAGACAAACCGCCCAAUCCUGCACCAGCGUCGACCCCAUCGGUCACAGAACACAAAAACAACGAUACAUCAAUAACUGUAGAUAGGGUAGAAAGUCCCAAAAAUGUACCAGCGAAAUUAGAAAAGCUACAACCUGUUAUAGAUUCGUUUAAAUAUGAAAUAGACGAUGAUGAAAUUUUGGACAUAUUCGACGAAAAUUGCGGACUAGACCGAUACGCCCAGCAAACUAAGGCAAAGAAAAGAUCUUUUUACGACUCACCUGACAAAAGUGUUGUAGAUUAUGACCAAGAUAAUACUAAAGAUUCAUCUAUGGACGGAUUGAAUGAGGAUACCUUUUUGGAAUCUGUGAUCAAUGAAAUUAAGCAAGAGACUUUAAGCGACGAAACAAGCCAAGAUAGAGCAUUAGUAGAGUAUGAGAUGUCACCAAAUAGAGAAGAGAGUCCAGCUAGUAGGAGAUCUUCUGUAACCCCUGAACUGGAUGACAAAGUUAUGAAUAGUCAGAGAAGCAACUAUUCAGAAGGAGGGUACAGAUCAUCUGAUAGCUACAAAAGUAUAGACACAAUGGAGAGUGGAUAUAAAUCUGUGGAAAGCUUUAGGUUGUCUGUGGAAAAGGAGUUGGAUGAAGUUUUGGAGAGAAAAAUGUCUAAAUCAACGGUAGACUCGUUGGAGACUUGGAGUUUCGUGUUGAAGAUCUGUCAGCCAUUGUUGUUUAGGCACGAUAAAAAGAAAUGCUACAAAGAAACCCGCAUGAACCCCAAGCUGUGGUAUGCGGCGAACCCCAAGUCUUGCGACUGUGUCAAGGACCGCAGCGUUGUCUAUGAGGAACUGGAAAUGUGCAAGAUGGCGCUCGUCGACCGAGUCUACGGAUGCGAUCAAAUCCCAGACGCGCCGUUCCCAAAAGCUCGCAAGUGGUAUCCCCAGAACAGCUUGGUCUCCAUGGAGAGUACGCCGCUGCCUCUGACCAACGAAUGGGAGGCCGAAGACAGUCAGAUGGCCGAAAGGAGGGACAUUGACUCGGCGUGCACCACGCCGCAGAGGAACGACGAGAUGUCAUUGGAUAGGGAGUAUCAAAGGUUUAUGGAAGCAGUGUGGCCAGAUGUAAUAGAAUCCAAGAAAGAAACUUCCAGAAGCACUACACCCGUGCGCCAGGAGUCGAGGAAGAAGAAGAAAGAAGAAAGCGAGAAGGAAGCAGAAGAGAAGAAGCCUAAAAAGAUAAAACUCAGUAGCGAGGGAUGGAGUCAGGAAUCUGAUAUGGAGGAGGAAGACAAAAGUAAAAAACAAAAAAAUCUAAAAGAGAAGUCCAAAUCACGAAAGAGAAAGCAUUCCACGUCGACUCUAUCUUCAGUAUCAGAGACAGAUGAAGAGGCGAGGAGGAGGAAACUUCUUAAAAAGAAGGCAAUCAAGAAAGCUAAAUCAAAAUCAGCGAAGCGGCGUCGUAUGGGACGGAAACUCUUGAAGAAACUAAAGGAGAAGCAAAAGAAGAGAAACAAAGUGAAGAACAUAGAAGAAGAGGAAAAGAAAAAAGAAAAGAAAGCUAAAAAGAAGAAACAGCUGAAGCUAAAGAAGAAGGAAGCAAAGAAGAAGAAACACAAAGCACAAUCGAGUUCUUCGAGUUCUUCUAGCAGCGACAGUAGCGAUACCGAAUCAGGAGGAGAUAGGAAAUCCAAGAAGGCGAAGAAGAAGGCAAUAGAAGAGAAGAAGAAGGCGAAGAAGAUGAGGCAAUCAAGUUCGGACUCAGCGCAGAGUUUCGAAGAAGAAUUAUUUGACGUCAAUAUACUAAACAACAUUAAAACUGAAAGGUUAACGGACGAUGAAAAAGCUGGACACAAAAUGAUGGAAUUCUCACCCCGGCGUCAGAAGCCGAGGGAGAUCAUCGAUGUCAAGGAGUUGCAGAAUGAUUUCGUCGAGAACGUUCACAUUAAGCAAGAAGUAGAAGAGACACCCAGACCCGAGGAGUUGCCUGAGGAAGUUGAGAAGGCGCAAGAGCCCAAGGUUGCUUUUGAAGAAGAUUCUGUGUCCAAAACAGAUGUCGCGAACAUCGAUUUGCCUAAACCGUCACCACAAACAGUGGAAUCGCCUCAAGACGUGCCGCCAUCCGUACCGUCCGUACCUUCCGUACCGCCGUCCGUACCAUCCGUACCAUCUGUACCGUCAUCCGCACUCUCCGUACCGGACGAGUCCAACACGUCUCAAGCAUCUUCGCAGGAGUCCGUUGGCAGUAUUAGCUUGAAGGAUGCGCCAAUCUUUUACGAAAAGGACGAAAGCCACCUCCGGCCGUCAUCACAGAACUCCAACUACAGUUUCAAUGACGUCAUCAGCGCGAGCCAAAACAGCCUCUAUCAGAAGGGCCUAGAGUCCUCUUCAGCUAAUCAAAUUUCUCUAUACGACAAAGAGGUCGAUAUAAAAGUCGAGCCAAGUCUGUAUCCCAACGAAAUCGGAUCACUCUCUGGUGAUUACAAAUCGACCAAUCAGAGUGAUUAUGCUAAGAUUUCAGCCAAUCAGAGUGAUUAUGCCAAGAUUUCAGCCAAUCAGAGUGAUUAUGCCAAAAUUUCAACCAAUCAAAUCGAUUACAAUAAGCUGUCAGCCAAUCACAGUGAUUAUAGUAAAGUACCAGCCGGUCAUGAUUACAGCAAGAGAAUAGAAGUGGCUACAAGCGAUAUUGGUCUUUAUGAUAAGGGAAUAGAUGCUGAAACUGAGUGCGAAGACAAGUAUGCAGAGAGUUAUGAGGCGGCGAACUAUGAGAUGUACGAACAGAUGGCUAUGGCGUAUCAGAGUGAUGUUGCUAGCCAGCAGCGGUCGAGCGGCUCGGCGGACGGCUCGGCGAGCGGCGCGGCGAGCGAGUCGCGGCGCAUCGAGACGGUGGUGGGCGCGCGCGCGCACGGGGAGAUCAAGUGCGACUGGCGCGCGAGCGACGCGCCCACCACGCCGCGACGUGCGCAGCGACCGUCGCGGUGGGGUCUGAAGCCGGGCGAGGUGAACAUCGUGUUGACGGGCGACGGCAGCCAGUUCCAGUCGGAGGAGCCGGUGUACCGCAUCCAGAGCCUCGCCAACCGCACCGACGUCGCCACCGGAUACGACGAAGCAUACAUGGAUAUGUACGGCGCCGCCGACCGCCUCCAGUACGGGGACUGUUUCGGGGAUGAAACGGACUUGCACGCCGAUAUCCCCAUCCCCGACGACCAUCCCCUCCUGCCCGCCUUCACCCCCGUCCCUGGUAACGUUCAGCACAUAUCCCCCAAUAUUGUACCCAUUGCAGAGACCCCCGUGAAGAAAGAGAGCCUCACCUCUCUGGACGUUAGAAUCAACAAGGUUUUGCAGGAAACAGUACUCGGCGGGAUAGCAAACGAAAUAGACAGCGACAGCGAGACGGCUGACAAAGGCAAAUCUGCAACGGCGGCGGGUCGCGCCAUGAAACGAGUCAGCUUCGCGGAUGGAUACAAGCCGGGACAGGACUCUGACGUGGAGGAGCCGCCUGUCAAAAAGCGCAAGCGGGCGCGCCGCACGGGCUGCGCGUGGCCCUGCCCCGCCACGCACCCCGACCACGUGCCGCUGUGGGACGCGCUGCCCCCGCCGCCGCCGCCGCCCGGCUCGCCCCCGCCCCGCGCGCCCCCGCCCCGCGCGCCGCCGCACGCGCACCUGCUGCGCGCGCACCGCGCCGCGCCGCUGCUGCCAACGCCGCUCGGCAAGUUCGACCCAACCCUUCCGCUGGCCGGUUUCAUGCCCCCAGAGCCGCCGCCCGGUCUCAUCGCCUUGCAGUAGAGUUAAGUGUUACUUAUUUUCUAUUUUCGGAAGACGGAUUGCCUUUAUAUGUAGUACGAUACCAACUUUAUGAAGGGACAUAGUGCGUCAAACUGCGCUAUACAAAAUUUUAGGUAUCAGCGGUACGUUAGAGCGCGGCGGGCAUAACCCUGCACGCGACUCCAAUCCAUCCGCGUCUUGUGUUAGCGUACUUUAUUCACAUGAUAGCAUAUGUUGUGGAUAAAUUAUCUGGGCUAUCACGGCCAGUAACCCCUCUGCUUCCGAUUCCGGAGGGUGUGGGUUCGAUUCCGGUCCGGGGCGUGCACCUCCAACUUUUCAGUUGUGUGCAUUUUAAGAAAUUAAAUAUCACGUGUCUCACGGUGAAGGAAAACAUCGUGAGGUAACCUGCAUACACUCUGGUAUGCAGGUUUCCUCACGAUAUUUAAUUUCAUAAAAUGCACACAAAGUUGGAGGUGCAUGCCCCGGACCGGAUUCGAACCCACACCCUCCGGAAUCGGAGGCAGAGGUCAUAUCCACUGGACUAUCCCGGCAUGCGUUAUUACUGUAAACUUAUUACGUACUAGGUUGAUAGGAAUUCCGUCUUCCGCAAGUAGAACUAUACUUUAUAUAUUGACUUAUAUUGUAAUUCUGAUUAAUUGUAAAUAAAUUCUUUAAUAUUUAGA